UUUAGACAAAGGGAAACCGCUGAUAUCAUCAAUUCAACAUGGCGAGAUAUGAACAGGUUUUGGUUCGAAAAACUUUUCUUUGUGGAAUAGCAAGUGUUUAUCUGUUUGCUUUUUCCUCUCUUUAUGUCCAGAUUCCAGGUCUUUAUGGUCGCCAUGGUCUAAUGCCUGCUAAAAUAUUUCUCAAACAAGACUAUGGAACUGCAUUGGAAAAUUAUAUCCACAAGCCAACACUACUCUGGUUUAUGCCACACUUUGGUUUGGACAUAGAAACUGGUAUGGAGCUGUUGUGUCUUGUUGGCAUAGUGAUUUCAAUGCUCUCAGYAUCGAUGGAGACAUGGAGGGACUCUAUUACAUUCUUUAUUCUUUGGUACUUCUAUUAUUCUUUGUAUCAGGUUGGUCAAACGUUUCUCUGGUUCCAGUGGGAUAUUUUGUUGAUGGAAGCAGGGUUUUUAGCUGUGUUGGUUUCACCACUAUCAAGAUACAGCAGGUUGUGCCAUCAUGAUAGUAUUACUUUAUGGCUGGUUAAAUGGCUGGCAUUUCGACUAAUGUUUUGCUCAGGGGUAGUCAAGCUUACUAGUGAAUGUCCUACAUGGUGGGGUCUCACUGCACUUGACUGGCAUUAUGAAUCACAGUGUAUUCCCAGUCCACUGGCCUGGUAUGCGCAUCAACUUCCGCGAUGGUUUCAGAGUCUAAGUAUUGUACUUGUGUAUACUAUAUUAAUGGUUUUUAGCUGGCUGUUCUUUGCACCUAUAAGGUCCUUAAGAAUCUUCUCUUUUUAUUCCCAGCUACUUUUUCAAGUCUUGAUCAUUUUGACUGGAAACUACAAUUUUUUUAAUAUUCUUGCGAUAAUUCUACUUGUGCCUAUAUUGGAUGACAAGCACCUCAGAACCAUACUACCAUCUUUUCUAGUCAAAAAAGAGACUGAAGUACUAUUCCACACAAAGGUGGACAUUAUCAAGGGCUUAAUGAGAAAAGCUGUAUUCACCUUUGUGAUCGGAUAUGUUCUCUACUGGAUGGUGGUGCUAUUUGAUUUAAAAGUCUCUGAUAAAUUUGUCAUCAAAUHAAAGAUAACAUUUUCUAAGGGACAAUUUUAUGAUGCUAUCGAAAAGUACACACCCAUUUCAAUAUGGUUGGGCUUGGGAUCACUAUGUAUAGAGAUACUUUAUGCWUUGAUUGGGUGCAUAAAAGAGAAAUCACUCAUCACAAAGCUUUGGUGUASUCUUCAAUGGUGCAUCUUCUCUUUUGCUGCUCUUGGCAUGUUUGCUAUUAGUCUGGUCCCGUACACAGACAUUGAUUACACAACACAGCAAAAAGUUUGGCCUGUUAUUAAACGAAUUAAAAGUAAGGUGGACUACCUGGAACUAGUUCAUGCUUAUGGGCUCUUUAGACGUAUGACAGGUGUUGGUGGAAGACCAGAGCUCAAUAUCGAAGGCAGUCAUUCACUAGAAGGACCAUGGAAGGAGUAUAGUUUCCUUUACAAACCUGUGCAGCCCGAUCAGUCUUUGCCGUUUGUUGCUCCCCAUCAGCCCCGUCUUGAUUGGCAGAUGUGGUUUGCAGCGUUAGGCUCGUACAAUCACAAUCCUUGGUUUGUUCAUUUAAUUUAUCGACUACUUCAUGGACAACAAGAGGUGCUUGAUCUUAUGGGCAAUAAUCCAUUCCCUGAAAGGCCACCACGAUAUAUUCGUGCCAAUUUAUACACCUAUCGCUACACUAGACUACACAAGAAUACCUCUUCUCUGCUGGAUGCUGUCCAUAACUCAAGGUUGAUAAAGAAUUGGUGGAAACGAGAAUUCACCAGAGAGUACAUCCCCAUCUUAGACAAGAACGAGCCUACACUAGUGUCAUGGUUGAAUCACUUUGGAUAUGCUAAGGAUGAACCAUGGCCAGAGCAUCCAUCUGGCAGUCUUCACAGACUUAUUAAAUAUCUACGGUCCAUACUACGUACUAAAGACCCUGUUGGUUUUAUUGCUGCACUCUUUGUUUGUACAUUCGUAAUGUSGAGGAUUUUAAAUCAUGGGUAGUAACUUGUAGAGAUUUUGAAUGACUAAUAAAAGUUAACCAUUGCUGAUSAAAGUGCGGCGAGAAUUGGA